AAAACCCGUUGGCUCCCACUCCCUUCCCCCAAGCUCUUCAAUACUCUGCGGAAAGUCAUGGACCCUCUAUCUGUGGUCUCAGGCAUUGCCGGGACUGUGGCGGUUGGGACCAAAGUUCUCGUAGCCCUGCACGGAUUUGCGAAAGGAGUCAAGUCGGCACCGGAGGAGGUGAAGCUUCUUACCCGGGAGCUCGAGAACCUCUGCAAAAUUAUGGAUAAUUUCCGGAAGGAGACAAAGGGGUUAAUAGUGAACCAGGAUAUUGAAGAUAGUUCGGGAGCUAUCCUGGAUAUAUUCAUACAGCUCAACCAAUUGAUAACCGAACAUACCGUUUCUGAGAGGGAUGGGUUACUAAAGAAGGGUUGGAAGCGAGUUAAAUGGCAUUACAUCGAGAAGGACAUCGCUGAUUUGCGGGUACACUUGAACUCGAACAAGGGGAAUUUGCUUGUUGCAUUAACUCUUGGAAAUGAACUUCAGAACGGCCAUUCAAAUAUGAAGUUAGAAAGGGUUCAAGGGGCACUUGAGGAAGUCAUUGAGAGACUCCAAGAUCACGACAUGCAAACCGUAGCUACCUGCGAGAGUUUCACGUUGCAAAGAUGGCAGGAAGUCCCCUCCACGAUUGGGCCUUCGUCACGUCCGACGACCCCGAAUGGUCAGAUUUCUGUCGCCCGUUCCGAGUCUGGAAUACUCUCAGAAGCAGCAUUCUCAGAGCGGAGUAUCCCGAUGAGUGCAUAUCAAUUCAACGAUAUGGGGAACAGAGGGAAGGGGGUUCUGAUCUCGAACGGAACAGGGACGAAGGCACAUACCGUGAAGACCGGUAUGCUAAAGAAAGCAUCCAAUUCGAAGCCUUCAGUUGAGAGAGUUACUAGGGCAGGGCCUCCUGCAAGCCCCCCCAAACUACAAAUCAAAUCCACGAAACCCACACCUCUUGAUAUUAUACCAGAGCCGGAGGAUGAGGAUGAGGCCAAAAACGACAGCAACCCGAGGGCGGCUACAGCCGCUCAAACGUUUAUCAAAACCCCAGGCAAAAAAAGACAUCUAAAGCCACGCGGAGCACUCGGCAGGGCACGAUAUCGUCUUAGGAACUUCCCUAAGCUCAGAUCUGGGGUUGACCCGGGACCCGCCCGAGGGGGAUCAGGAGAUGGUGCAUGUACGUUCGUGGCUCCUGGGACAGUGGACAAACCACGAGAUGCCUCUGCAGGUGUGAUUACGAAAGCACUGCCAUUGCGGGCGCCGGCCCGGGCACCACCGACUGCCCCUGGAUCUCCUACGCUGGCGAUGGAGAGGUUUUUACAAGUGUUAAACACCUCCCCGAACUUGACAUCCGGGGAUCCACCUGGAGGCCCAGGAAAUAUUCGGAAGCCAUCGGGAGGGACAUAUGCUAUUUGGCCACCUUAUCGUCCCCAUGUCUCUCUUGCUGGAAAGGUGGUCUCAGAUGCCCCGAUCUUUCUGGAAGUAAUCGACCCGCCGGCGCUAUCAAGAGAUGAUUCCUUUCAGCUACAAGCCGAUAAACGCGUCCGAUUAAUUAGCUACUCCAAUGGGGAGUGGUUUUACGGUCAAGUUUAUCCUGAAGGGGUAGUUAUGCAGUUCCGAAGGGCGGAAUUCCGACACGCGCCGAAACCUAGGGACGAGGAAAUGCGAACGGAAGAGAAAAGGCAAAUGUUAGCCUUGCUGAGGCCUAAAAAGUCUACUCGUAUCGGGUCCUUAGAAGAUUGGUUAGGUAUUGGCGGGAAUCACACGCCGAAGAAAACUGUCGGCGAUGUUGCAAUUUCGUCACCACCGGCACUGAUGGAAGUAGUAUCAGCGCGUUGAGAGCGCGUGCUUGGAACGGCUGUAGGGUAGGGUUACUUACUGUACUGUAGUAACUACCGCUUGGGAUAAAGAUGGCUGAGGUACUCGAGUAUGAUACGAAGAAGUGCCCCGACCGGCACUCGGGCGCGUAUGAUAAUAUUUCUUUUGGACAUAUGCUACAACCCAUUUCCUCCGGUCUUAUUCAAGCUUCUACCUAUCAAAUAAACGACUUUACUGCUUGCUACCCAAUACCUACCUACCUACCUACCAACCUACAGUACCUACUUUAAAACGAUAAAUGAUAGACCUUUCCCCCAUCAAACGCAAAAAAAAAAAAAAAAACAGGAUAUCAAUACAAACACAAAAAGGGCCUACAUAAUAUUAUAUAUAUAUAUAUAUAAAACAACCGAGA